AUGUCGUGGGAAGGCUUCAAAAAGGCCGUGACAAGGGCCGGAGCAUCGGUAAAGAGACGGUUCAAAACAUUGGAAAAAGCCGGAACCCAGCUUGCAAAGGAGACCAAGGGCUAUCUUGACGCAUUGAGAGCCGUGACGGCAUCGCAGGUUGCCAUGGCCGAAAUCAUCAACAACUUGUACGAAGACGCUAGAGCGCUAGGCGGAGCAAAUGUGGGAGGAUACUAUUUGAGCGCUGUUCAGGAGUACGACCAGGAGACUGUGAAGCAGCUGGACGGGCCUUUCAGAGAGACAGUUUUGGAUCCUAUCAACAAGUUUGCCUCGUAUUUCUCUGAGGUCAACGAAGCCAUCAAAAAGAGAGCGCACAAGAAGGUCGAUUACGAGCAGGCAAAGAGCAAGGUUAGAAGACUUAUCGAUAAGCCUGCCAAAGACGCUACUAAGUUGCCAAGAGCAGAGAGAGAAUUGCAAUUGGCCAAAGACAUAUUCGACGACCUGAACAACCAGCUUAAAGAGGAAUUGCCACAGCUGGUUGAUCUGAGAGUUCCAUACUAUGACCCUUCGUUUGAGGCUCUAGUGAAGAUCCAGCUCAGGUUCUGCACGGAGGGGUACGCGAGAUUGGCGCAAGUGCAACAAUACCUUGACCAGAGCAGCAGAGACGAGUAUGCCAAUGGUCUUUUGGACGCCAAAAUCGAUCAAUUGCUAGCAGAGAUGAACAAGCUGAACAUCUGCGCUCUAGGGGUGAAAUAA